AUGACAUCGAUCAUCCCCGCCCCCCUUCCGCUACGCAAGAAGGGCCCUCCCUCUGGGCUCCGGAUCCGCGUUGAUUCGAACGCCAGCACCUCCAGCCUGUUGCCUACUACUGGAUCUCAGCCAUCACUUGUACUCGAUACCUCACCAGCCAGCCUUUCUGCGGCCCCCAGCACCGCCGAGACGCCCUCAAGCCCACAUGUUGCUGACCAGGUCACCAUACGUGCUGCCGAUGCCGCACCUGCUCCGGUUGCACUGGCUGCACAGCCAUCAGAGCAGGUCCCGCUCCCCUUCCCCCGCCCUAAGCGUACAUCGGGCCGGAAUAUGAAACAGCUCUCGCUCCAGCUGCCCUCAUCUGCGGCCUCACAGCACUCUACCUUCUCCACCGCCCCGCCGUCCACACAGCGCCAUGACGAGAGCGACGCAGCCUCAUCCUCGAACGCUACUGUACAGUCCCGUGCCCGUCGACCUCCCACGCUUUCUGUCCCAGUCCCACAAACUGCUUCCCGUCCCACUUUCCCCCCUCGCCAGUCCUUCCGUGCAAGGAGCUCCUCUAUCGCAUCCAUUACCUCUGUUGCAUCCGUUCAGGUACCCGGCCAUCUUGCCGCAACCGGUGCCCCUAUGCCUGCAUCCACCUCGGCGUUUGCAACUCGCGCCAAGGAGGACGACAAUGGUGCCCCAUAUGCGAACGGCCCAAUUGAAAUUCUUCCCGGAAUUUGGCUUGGUCAGGAGGAAAAUGCCCGCAACUGGCCGGACCUGGCGUCCCGGGGCAUUCGAUGGGUUCUCAACGUAGCCAAGGAAGUCGCUCCCCCGUACAUGGAUGAUGUCCCUGCUCCGGUUGAUCCACGCGAGCCCCCCAAGACAGCCGUCGACGAUCGUCUCCGUAUCCGCCCAAGCGCAUCUACCCCCAACCUUGCCCAGCCUCAGUCUGCAUUCCUCUCUCGUCGUCGGCCCGGCCCUCCUCCGGUACAAGCGGAGCAACCGCAGCCACGUGCAGUCCCCUUCGUUCCUCCGACAGGUGGUCCGACGUUGCUAUACAUCCAUCUUCCUUGGUCUCACGGCCAAAGCGAUCUUGUCAAAUACGGGUUUCCUUCUGCCAUGUCCUUUGUCGACCACGCACAACGCAAGGGACAGGGUGUUUUGAUUCACUGUCAAUGUGGCGUGUCUCGCUCGGCAACACUAGUGAUCGCUCUUGUUAUGCGCGCAUCCAUACCCCGCGACGACGUUGAGGUCCCGGAAGAUCUCAAAUCUAUUGAAGGUGGGAUGCACAAUGCAUAUGCUUAUGUCAAGGAAAAGAGCAGAUGGGUCGGCCCAAAUAUGUCUCUUAUCUAUCAGUUGAUGGAGUACGAGCGUGCAUUGACUCCCAGAAAGGGAACCCCGUCGGUCUCGUCAGACGGCGAGGAACUUUCCGAGGAGGAAGAGUGGUCCAGGAAGCGCCUUGCCAUGGAAAGAGAAGACGCAGAAGCCGAAGCGGCAGUUGCUGCUGAGGAGGACCGUACGCGCGAGGCCAAGGAUCUGGAUCGUGCUAUGGAAGAACGCAUGGCAGCAAAGAAGGCCGGUCCCCCGGCUCCCUUGAUGCUCAACCCACCACCCGCAUCUGGGCCCACCGCGUGGAAGCACAGGUUCCCGUCUCGCAAGCGUGCGGGUAGUGUGCACAGCACUUUUACGACGAGUGACAGUGUCAUUAGCGAAGAUCCUGAAGAGGAUGACGAUAGCGAGGACGGUGAACCCAACAUUACCGUGGUUUCCCAAAAUAGGAUCGAACUCGUCUUGGGCGAUGAAACCGGUACUAGUGCUCGAACCACGACGGACGAGGAAGCCAGUCCUUCAGCCAAGUUUGUUGCGAACUUUGCUGACACCGCCCCCAAGCUGCUCCCCCCACCCGGAAGGGCCGGCAUGAAACAUAAGCGAUCGGCUAGUUUGGCGAUUUCAGCUAAUUCUUUGCCUUCACUGCCGCCGCCACCCUCGGCGCCAGCAUCCAAGAUGUCUUUUGGGAAUAUCCCAGUACCGCCAACUAUUCGGACCUCGUUUAGUUCAAUUCCGCCUCCCCCGUUGCCACGCAGGUUGGGUACACGCGGUCCAGCUCCACCCUCGGCCCCUGCUACCAAACCCGGCUUUUCAUUUCCGGUACCAGGGUCACGUGCGUCCUCGAUCAAAUCGCAUUCAUCGACCAGGCGUCCGACGCCCCUCCCGACUGUACCCUCCUCCCCUGUUGCCGUGCCGACUCUCGCCACUCCCAAGACAACCCGCGCGCGCCCUGCUCCUCUUCGGUUGCCUGUGACACCACCGUCCAAUGUGACCAUCGUCCCUUCGAGCUCGGCUCCUCAGCAGACAUUGUUUGUAUUCCCCCCCGAUCGAAGUCAUACUGCAUGCACGCCUUCAACUCUCACAUUGACCACGAUGACGCCAAGGGUGGAAUCGUUCGUUAAUCCGGGACCGGGAGUUACUCCCACGCCGCGCAAAGGAUCGUUUGGUGCGACGAGAAAACCUGGGGCGAAACGCAUGAGUUGGUUAGGCAUGGGUGUUGCUCCUGCUACUCCUACGACGGCAUGCUCUCGCGUAGAUGCCAAAGGUUGGGUAGGGCUCCUUCCGACUGCUACAUCCGUUGGGAAGGAUCCAUCGACCCAACAAUGA